CAGGUGCUCAGCCAAUCAGCGCGCUCUUCCGCAACACCACUUCACACGCACACACACGAACACACGCGCACGAGCGCUUCAACACCGCAGACAUCAACCUGUGUGGCAUCUGAGAGGUCAUUCAUUUAGCAGAAAGUAAACAAGGAAGAAUGUCUGGGGAUUUGCCGCUGAACAUCAACAUCAAGGAGCCGCAAUGGGACCAGAGUACGUUUAUGGGCAGAGCCCAGCAUUUCUUCAUGGUGACCGACCCAAGAAAUGUGCUGCUUCCAAAUGAGGUUCUGGAGAAUGCACGAGUCACUGUUGAGGAUUACAGGAACGGAAUUGUGAAACCAGGCUUGACCGAGGAUCAACUAUGGAGGGCCAAAUACAUCUAUGACUCUGCCUUCCAUCCUGAUACGGGUGAGAAGAUGCUGCUGAUUGGUCGCAUGUCUGCCCAAGUGCCAAUGAACAUGACCAUCACAGGCUGCAUGCUCACAUUCUAUAGGACGACUCCAGCAGUUGUGUUCUGGCAGUGGGUCAACCAGUCCUUCAAUGCCGUUGUCAACUACACUAACCGCAGUGGAGAUGCACCAAUGACUGUAAAUCAGCUUGGAGCAGCUUAUGUCAGUGCCACAACUGGAGCUGUAAUCACUGCACUUGGCCUCAAGUCCCUCACCAAGCACCUGCCAUCUAUUAUCGGACGGUUUGUUCCUUUUGCCGCGGUGGCAGCAGCAAACUGUAUUAACAUUCCCUUCAUGAGACAAAGGGAACUGAAGUAUGGCAUUCCUGUCACUGAUGAGGAGGGGAAUCGCCUGGGAGAGUCUGCCAGUGCUGCUCAGAAGGCCAUUGUACAGGUGGUGGUGUCCCGAAUCGGCAUGGCAGUGCCAGCCAUGGCUAUUCCUCCUGUUAUUAUGAACACCUUGGAGAAAAAAGCUUUCAUGAAGCGCUUCCCAGUGCUCAAUGCCCCAGUACAGGUUGGACUUGUGGGAUUAUGUCUGGUGUUUGCUACUCCGUUGUGCUGCGCCCUGUUUCCACAGAAGAGCUCUAUGAAGGUGAGCAGUCUGGAGCCUGAGCUGCAGGAGAGGAUACGCCAGAGCAAUCCAAACACCACUGUGGUUUAUUUUAACAAGGGCUUGUAAGAGACGCUUUCCUCAAGUCCAAACCUCUGUCUGUACUUUGCCAUAACAGAGUUCAGUGGACACAACUUGAAAAGUAAAUUGAAAAAAGUUUUGUUUUUUAGUAAGUCUUUUGUGUUGUAAAACCCGCACUUUCCCACAAAGUAAUAUGCAAUCCUAACUGUAAGGCAGAUGAUACAAUGAGGAUGUCAGAAGAUUUUGUUACUGCUGAAUUUCUGAUCGCAGACUAAACCCCACCCCCACAUGUGCUAAUAUUAGAGACCCAAAUUAUUUUUCCAAGUGAAUUCUAUUUAUCGUUAUUUAUUUUUAUUUGAAAAAAAAAAAUACUUUGUGCGUGUAUUUGUUAGUGUUUAGACCUAAAAUUUUUAUAUCGAACUUUCCAGACCAAACAUCUGUCCACAGUUUAAGCAUGCAAGUAUGAGAAGUGGUCCAGGAGAAUCACUUUUAAGUCAGGGGAUUAUUUGUAACCAGUUUAAAAGGUUUCAGGCAUGCUCUUGUAUGUAAAUGUUAAGAGUGUAAAUGCUCUUAACCAUUACAACCCUCACAGCACUGACCUAAUAGACUCCGGUGGACAGGAAAGUUAAGAUGAAUACACACUCCUCUGUAAUCUCAGCUAGAUUGAAAUAUUUUGGUAAUUGGUGUUCAUACUAAAUCAGUGCUUGUGUUUAAAGCCUUGUGUGAUUUUUAACUAGUCUGAGUUAGUGGGUGCGGAUAUAUACAUAUAUAGUUCAGAUGUUAAUUUGUGGUUAUAGAGUGAUUUGUGGGUUUAGUCGAGUCAAAACUGCUGAAGAAUGUGCUGUCUGUGUAAUGUUUAAAUUGUAUACAGUAGUCUCUUUUUUUGACCAUAGGCCUUUGCGAAGACAAACAUUUAUCUGGGAGCUAGGAAUAGAAUUAUUAAAGUUAAAUAUUUAUACUUUAUGCCAACACUAAAGCACGACAUGGUGUUUUAAUCCUAUAUUACCAGCAGUGGCAUAAUGAAUAAAAUCUGUUUGGACCUCAGCAGUCCUGCUGGCAUAUCAUCACUCCUCUAAUGCACAACCAUUUAUAAAUAUUCAUGAUUGUUUUAUGAUAAACUAUUCACCUUUACAAUACAAAUGAUACAAAUUUCCAUAGAUACAUAGAAGAUAUAUCCUGAAAUGUAUAUUUGUCAGAUGUAAUCAAUGUGUGUGCUUAUACAGUUCUGAAAUAAGCCAUGAUGCAACAAAAACAUCCUAUUUAUUUUUUAUGUGAUUUGGAUGUGUUUGUACUGAUGUACCAAAUAUGUGAUUAUAACCCUGUGAUGAUAUUUACAAAACCUCUGUGGAAUUCCUGUUCUGUUUGGAGCAUAUAGGAUCAAACAUGUAGUUCAUAAAGUAUUGUAGUGUGGUGAUAUUUUGUUUUGUGAAGUGUUACAUACAUUGAAGUGUUUCUUCCUUCUUUCUACUUGUGACAUUGAGUUUGUUUUGGAAGGAACAACAUACUACUGUAGUGGCCUAUUCUUAUUCACUACCUGGGCUGAUGAACUGAACACUGGCUCCUUUGAACUAAUCUGUUGUGUUGGGUUUUAUGCAAAUAUAGGGUUUGAUUGAUCAUUAGGAUCUCAAAUUAAAAUGCCCUAUAGAUGUGUGGACCUGUAUAACAGAGGUGAAAUGUUGGCUUGCGUAGUUCAGAGCAGCUCCACGGAUUAAAUACAGAAUUAGGUUAGAAACGGAACAAAAUGUCUCGACUCCAGCGCUACUGUUUAUCACUUGUUAAAUUAUAUGUUAAGAAAUGAGCACAUGAAGAAGUGAACACAUUGCCUUCAGAAUUAUCCUUCAUGAAUGUACUGUAAGCAAUCAGUAUGUAACUAAACUCUGAUUAAUAAACAUUAAAGUAGUAAAAUUUGCA